CUCUCUCACACACACACACACACGACAAGGUGUUGUUUUUUCCAAAAGAAACAAAAUUAUGCUCAGGAAGUAAGGAACAGAACACUUAAUAUUGUAGUCUAUUCUGAUUCCAAAAGAAAUGAUAAAAUGUAUUAGAAUAAGAUGCUAAAGCUAUCUCACUACUUUGAAUCUGAUUCCAAUAAAAUAAAAGAAUAAGGAGGUUCUCGCACAAAUUUAAUAUAUAAAUUACAGUUCAAGAACACAUUGAGAGGGCAUCCAAUUUGUUUCAUCUGUUUCAAACAUUAUGGGAGCCGAGUUAUCACACGAUAAGCCAUCGGAGCCAAGUGCUAAUGGACCAAGUAACAACGCUAAUAAUCCCAAUGUCAAUCAGAAAACCAAAGAAGUUCCAUUACCUCAUAACUAUGAAGCUAUUUUGAAGCAUGCCGAUUCACCUGUUGAUAAAUCAUCACCGAGCAAGAUAUUGGAACAACUUCAAGCUGGUGUAUUCUUGAACCAAAACAAAAAGAAGUACUGGGUCGAGAAGGGGUCAAACAGCAACUGCUUCUUCUUGUUUGCAAGAGAUCUUUCUAUAACUUGGGCUGAAGAUAGCCGCUUGUGGGCAUGGCCCUUGCUGCAAGAGUCGAGUGAUGAAGGUCUUGAAGUUGCUGAAUUGCUCAACGUCUGCUGGCUAGAGCUGCACGGAAAAUUCGAGCUUCAUAACUUAUCACCAGAAACAAUUUACGAAAUCGUUUUUGUUUUGAAGCUAAAGGAUCCAGCUUACGGAUGGGAACUCCCUGUAAAUGUGAGACUCACAUUACCAGAUGGAAGCAAACAGGAACACAAGGAGAAUCUGUUGGAAAAGCCAAGAGGAAAAUGGUUUGAAAUGACUGCAGGGGAAUUCAAAAGCUCGUCCGAGAAGCUUGGGGAGAUAGAGUUUUCUAUAUAUGAAUAUGAGGGAGGAGAAUGGAAGAAAGGGCUGUUGGUAAAAGGAGUUAGCAUUCGACCAAAAGGGUCGGUUGUGUAAACUGUAAAGUCUGCAAGUGUCUAUGAUUGUGUGAUCUGUUUUUCUCAUGUAAAACAGGAAGAAUGAAUAAUUUGCUUUCAUGGAGUUUAUGAAUAUAUCAUAAUUGGUUCCAGUUC